GUCAUUGUGAAUGUGUGCGUCUUGGCCGCGAACACCAUCUCUACUCAGCCCACUCACGAGUCAGUGAGUCUCUGCAGCCAGCAAAGCAGCGGAAGCAGCAUACCAUGACUGGUAAGCAUGGACCCGCGCCACCCAGAUUCGGCAACCAUCAUGGCCGAGGUCCGCUGCCAAAGGCAGAGAUUGUCAAGCAGGACACUCAACCACCAUCUCUCCCCAAGCUCAGCACACCGCAAAAGAAGACCGAUGCGCAAGGCAAGACGCGCAAUUUCGAUGCGGCUGUACUGCCCAUGGAGCUGAUCGAGGUCGUGAUGGAGUACUUGCUGGACAUGCCCUCCACCUCCAAGCUGACUCCGCUGCUUGUAUGCUCCUCCCUCACCCGCCUCCUCAAACCGAUCGUCUAUCGCCACGUGACGCUCACCAAUCUCGCUGCCCUCCAAUCAUUCCACGCUGCCAUCUCAUCUCCUUCCGCCUCCGCUUCCAAUAGCGCUGCACCUCGCUCGACAUCCACCAGUGAGGGAUCGCUGGCGCGCAAGGUGCGAUCGCUCUACAUUGCCCCGCUGUCGCUAUCUUCGGAUCUGUGGGCCGCGCUGUCGCCUUCUGCGUUGCCCACCAUGCGCACCACAGCCCAGGCUCACAGUCUUGUCAGGCAGAUCCUUCGCGCUUGUCGAUCGCUGCAGCAUCUUGCACUUGAUGGCGCUCUGCUGAACAAGGAAGCAGCGGCGAGUUACGGCACGAGCUGCAAACCUCGCAGCUUGACCAGCGUCAAUCCUCACUCGUACGUAGGCGGCUUUUCUGCUCCCAUCUUCUCCAAGUGCACCACGUGCCACCUCAUCGAUGGCAGCUUAACACACGAAGAAGUAAGGGAGAUUAGGGGAAUGGCUGAGGUCCUCCGAUGCGCCUUGUCGCCUUUCGCUUCACCAGGCCUGCGUCACUUCUCGUGGACCUCACCACGUGAGCACAAUUCGGCUCUGCGAGACGUCGAUGUCAUGCUGCGCAUCCUCACGGGUCCGCAGCCGCCCGGUCACACGUCCCUCGACGCGCUGGUCAACAAUUUUCAAGCGUUGGAUAUCACCCCGCUCAUCCUUGGAGCAGAGCAAGCUCAGCGCGAUGUUGCCUCUGCCCACAACAGCGAUGCGAUUGAAGACGUCGCUCAGUUGGGGGCACUGGAAGCAGAGCAGCAAGAUCGAGAUGCUGCACAACUAACCCGUACAGAUGCCGGUUUCAGGCUUGGCAGCUCCACGCGAGCAGUAAACAUCAAGAGCUUGACCAUGCGCUGCCCAGAGUCUAGGUCGGCACUCGUAGGCACGCAAUUGCAGCGCGUAGCCGCAAACAAGCCCGGUCUUACCUCCAGCUCACCUUGGGAUCAUCGCUUCUCGACGCCAUCUUUCGCCACCAAUUCGGACUACAUCGACAGCUCGGCAGCUCACACUCGGGCAUUACAUGCGCCCAGCGGUGUCAUGCUGUGCUCGCAGCCAUUGCCCUCCGAGGAGCUGGUGGAAGAGUGGGAAGCGCUACGAGACACGCUCAAAGAUCCCAUGCUGCUCUACAAUGCCAUGCCUGGUGGCCACUACAGGGUAGCCAGACCACUCACGCCACCCAAAAGCGGGCAGGGUCACGGAGAUGAGCACUCGAGCGACGAUCAAGAAGCGGAGAUUGAUCCGGCUAUGUGUCUGAGGCGGAUCCACACAGAGUGGUUGAGCGACGUCCUGUCUGGGAAGCUGGAUCGGGAAUCACGGAGCGUAGCGCCCGCCAUAUCGGCAUGAAGUGCAAACUUGUCUUCCGUCAUUUCCUUGCCAAGGAAACAAGAUGUUUUGGACGAAACUCAAAUUGAACUCGCCCAUCAUCGCCUCGACGGGAAGGUCGCGCUGCGUUGGCGCACCUCGCCGGACGGGUCCCCACCAAUUCAUUCCUCUGCGCCCCUCGCGGUGUUCUGCGAUCACGCGCGGCGCCACGCCACCCACUGGGAACUUUUGACGGCAGACGCACCUCUGUGGCGAAGAGAUGGCAGCACCUCGACCUCAAUCAG